ACCCCCGAGAGUGCUGCCAGGGUCCAUCCGGGGAGGAGCGACGCGGUGCGGGGCGGCGCUGCCUCCCUUCCUACCCCGGCCCGGACCGCAGGAGCGGCCAGAACGGCGGGAAAGCACGGGAGGAGCGGCGGGAUGGACGAGAAGACAUGGAAGAACAAAAUCAACGAGGCCAACAAGAUGGCCCUGCUGGCCUGGGAGAAGGAGACGGGCAUCGAGCUGGUGCAGAUCAACGGGCAGAGGCGCUACGGGGGCCCUCCCCCAGGCUGGGUGGGCGGCCCGCCGCCGGCCGGCACCGAGGUGUACAUCGCCAGGCUGCCGCAGGACAUCUAUGAGGACACGCUGCUGCCGCUGUUCGGGAGCGUGGGGCGGCUCUACGAGUUCCGCCUGAUGAUGACGUUCAGCGGGAUGAACCGCGGCUUCGCCUACGCCCGCUACGCGUGCCGGCAGGACGCGCGCCGCGCCAUCGCCACCUUCCACCGCUUCCAGCUGCGCCGCGGCUGCGCCAUCGUCGUCUGCUGGAGCACGCAGAAGCGCGAGCUGCUCGUCAGCGGCCUGGGCGCCUCGGUGAGCCAGCAGAAGCUGGAGGCCACCCUGCAGAGGGUCACCGAGGGCAUCUGUAGCGUCACCCUGCACGCCAGCCCCUCCCAGAAACAGGCCAAGCUCGCAGUACUGAAGUACAGGUCGCACCAGGCUGCUGCCCUGGCCAAGAAAGCUCUGAUGGAAGGGACCCUGAGGCUCGGGAAAGCAAAGAUGACGGUGGAAUGGCUGAAUCCCCAGCUGAAGCAGAAGCUGCAGCUCUGUGAGGAGGAGCCACCAUCCAGCUGGGUGCAGGGAGGUGAGAGCCCAGCAGUGCCCCCGCUUCCGUCGCUGCAGAACGUGCUGGACUGCCUGAACGCGCUGUGCUGGAAGCAUCACCUGAGGACACCCCUGAUCAGGACCAAGUGUGUCCAGGUGAACCCCAACGGGUGGCAGCGCUUCUGGUACCAAGUGGCCAUCCCGGGGUCCCAGGUGCCCAUCAGUGGCUUCAUGUGGAUCUCACCAGACAGGCAGGGCCAGAGCGAGCACGAGAAGGCCAAGGUGGUGGCAGCCCUGUACGUUCUGCGGGCGUUGGCUGAGUCCUUGGGUGCCAGCUGAAGUAGCAGCUGCUCUACCACAGCCACGACUGAGCCCCAGCCCUGCUGGGCUCCUGGCCGUGUUCCAGCAUUCCUUGGAGUUAUUUGCAUCAGUUUUGAGAGCUGGCUCUGGAGGAUAAGGGCUGCUGUCCUGUUCCACGGCAGCCACCACGUCCCCGGGCAGCCCUCGAGUUGGUUCUAGUUUUGGGUUGUUGGUUUUCCUGUUGCCAAGUUUGGCUGUUAAGCUGGUUGGUGUGGUGGAGGGCAGGUCCGGGAGAAGCAGCAGCAGCUCUUGGAGGGGCUGUGCCAGGCCUGGAUGCCAGUGUGAUGGAGAGAAUUCCUCCACUGGCAUUCCUGAGGAGCAGCCUCAGGGGAGAACAAGGCCAGCACAGAGAGAGUCCCAGGGGUCACAGAUGUUCUGUGAGCUGCUGGAGCUGCUGUGUGGGGAGAGGAGUGCCCUUAACCUGUUUGCAUAGUGAGGGAGCAGCUGUGGAGUUGGCAGCUGUCCCUGAGUGAUCCCUCAGCAGUGGCAGCUCUGGCCACGUGCUGUUCUUUUGGCAUUAAAGAGUUCUGGAGAGCACCAGCUCAGUCAUGUCAUCUUUUCCUCCUGCAGCCUCAGCUCCCUGCGUGUCCACUGCAUCUCAGUGCUCUCCCCACACACCAGGAAAGGGACAGGGUGGGAUCUAGAGCCUGGUGAGCCCAUUGUGUGGGAAGCAGCAUUCCCUAACACCUUGAUCUUUGUUGUCUUCUACUCACUGGGCUCUUUCUCACCAGCUUUUGAUACUCCUCAGGCUCCUCCAAGUGCCUCCUGAUGUCUCCAUGUUUUUUUGUGGUCCUCUGAGAUAUCUGGGAGCACCUUGUUGGAGGUUUUUCCUUUUGUUUUUCUCUG